AAGCGCACAAAUUAGUCAAAUAUUGCCUGCCGCCCCAUGCAACGAAAGUAAAAAUAGUCGCAAAAGAUAAGUGAAGAAGAUAAAUAGAGCUGACAAAAUAUUAAAUAGCCGGAAUGAAUUUUUCAUAUAUGAAAAUAGCAAUUUAUGUUUUAACAUUCAUUACAUACGCCUAUUCCGGUUACGGUUCCAGCACAAUCGCCCACCUAAGGGAUGCUAUUAUUGCGGCAGAGGCCAUUUUUGGAGAUGUGUUCUCGAACCUGAUUUACCUCAGUAAAAAGUUCCGUACUGUUCAUGAGGUAUUUGAUGCUGCUGUAGAGGAAACAUGUGUAUUCAAAUGUCCAACCGAGGAAGGAGGACCGGAGAUUCGUCCUGUACAAAAUAAAUUGUAUACACCCACUUCCGACGGCUGUGGUUCACUUGGCCUUAGAAUAAGUACAGAAUACUUGCCAGCUGUUGAAAUGGAAACAUGCUGCAAUGCUCACGACAUAUGCUAUGACACCUGCAACAGCGACAAAGAACUAUGUGAUCUAGACUUUAAACGAUGCCUGUACCGACAUUGCGAUACUUAUGAAAAAUCAAUAGCAGGAGAUUUGAUGAUCAAAGGCUGUAAGGCUGCGGCGAAAAUGUUAUUCACUGGAACGAUAACUCUGGGCUGUAAAUCUUAUUUGGACUCACAGAAACGUACCUGUUAUUGUCCGCCUCCAAAACAGCAACGAGAUGAAAAGUCAUACCACAAAAAUGGCAAUGGCGAUAAAUAUUACAAGGGAAAGAAACAGAAAUAUGGAUAUAAAGAUCCCAACGAUAUGUAGUAGUAGCAAUUAAAAAAAAACAAAAAAAAAAAAACAUAGGACAUCAUUUAGAUUAGAUUAGUAAUUCGAUUUGCAAAUAUAUUCAAUAUAAUUAUUAAUUCAUGUUUUAUGUAUUAUUUAUUUUAAAAAAUAUCGUUUUGUAACUAGAACUAAGCCUGCUACACAUUUAUGCUUUUACUCAAAUAAAUUUUUUAUAGCACGAUUGCAACAAUUA